CAAUGGUCCAAGUGACGAACGUGGUCGACCUGGGUUUCUUAAAACCCUGAAAUCCGAAGAACCUCAAAGCUUUGGCGGAGAAGAAUCAUUGAAGAAAUAAGCAUUGAAAAAAGUGGAGUAAUCAGAAACAAAAGGAAGAUGUGGUUAACAGGGAUGGUGAAGAACAGCAUAAAGGGUGGGAACGGUGGCGUUGGGAAUUUGUUGGUUCGGUACAUGUCGAGGAGUAGGGCAGUGAAUGUGAGGAAGAUGAACCCAAAGGUACCCAUUCCAGAAGCUAAUUGCAUCGCCAGUUCCCUUUACGAUCUCAUCAAGCAACACGGUCCUCUCACCAUUCCCAACACUUGGAUCCACGCCAAGGAAGCUGGUAUUGGUGGAUUACACAGCAAAACACACAUGAAGAUAAUGCUCAAAUGGAUGAGGGGGAGACAAAUGUUAAAGUUGUUCUGCAACCAAGUUGGUUCCAGCAAGAAAUUUUUGCACUGUACCCUGCCUGAAGAACCUCAAACUGACCUAUUAAAAGGACCUCCACAGCUUGAACUUCAAACCAAGAAGCCUUCCACUAAGGGGAAGAAGAAAACUAAAAAAUAAGAUGUAUCCUGGUUCUUUGCCUGCAAUCAAUUUUAUUGCUAUACAAGAUCCCUUAGUAUUUGAGUCUUCCUUUUUGGCUCAAUGCUUCUAUCAUGUCUUCUCUGUUGUUUACCUAUUUUUAGGCUUUUUCUGUAGAAUCUUUUGAAUACAACUGUGCUGACUUUUAAUCUGUUCUGAUCGACUGAAAGAUGAUAAGCUUUGCAUACCUGGUUAAUGUUUAUGCAUUCAGGGUUUAAACUGGCAACCGAGCUUGCUUUUCCUCUACUGAAGAUUUUAUACUAUUACCAUUUGAUAUUGGGAUGGAAAAAAUGAGGAUGCUUUUUCUAAUUUCUUUUAGGUCUUUGCUUCCUUUGUACUUAAAAAAAAAGUAAUGAAUUAUACAACUAUUAAUUAAUCCUUUGAUUAAGAUUUAGGGAUAAAAUAUAAGUUCAU